GAGCGCCGAGCGGUGCUCCCACCCAUUCAGCUGUACGCCAAGGGGAGCCCCUGACAAGUUUUAAACUGGAAUAAACCAUUUGUGACUCCAGCGAACGGCGAAUUUAGUCGGACUUUUGUUUCGAAGGGGUGUGCUUUCAUGGAGGACGAUAGUAGUGUUAUUUUACCCCAGAAGACAACAGCAACUGAUUGAACGCUUCCAGUGUGUGGAACGUGUUUAGGGUCAGCCUAACGUUCGCUGUGGGUACAAACAACCACUGGCGCGGUUUCUUCCGUUUAGAGAGAUAUUUCAAGAAAAAUAUCCUUAUUUUUUUUUCCUGCUUGGCCUUUUGGAGUGUGCUGGCUUUAAGCUGUGAUGUGGAGAGAAUUGAUCAGCGGUGAAGCGCCAGACAGAGACAGCGAUAGCUAAGCUCAUCUCACCAACCAACGACCACCACCACAACACAGGCAGCUCAUUGCAGUGAGUCAGUAUCAUGGAGGCAGGCGGCGGGGCUGCCGCAGCGGUGGGGAGUGCAGCACUAGGACUGCUGGGAGCCACGACCACGUCCAGCCAUGACAUCUUGGACAGGGGCCUGAGACCUGGACGUCACCUGCAGGACGACGAUAUUGUGCCUGAACUGGCUAACAUCCAUCCCAGAGAGAGACCUGACUGGGAGGAGACAAUCAGUGCCAUGGCGAGGAGCGCAGAGAUCCCUGAGCUGAGGACGGAUCCCCUCAUGCGCUCCUGCAGCAGCAGCACGGCCAGCAUGAAGGUCAAGAAUGUCAAGAAACUUUGUUUCACCAAGGGCCACUUCCCCAAACUGGCAGAGUGCGCUCACUUCCACUAUGAAAAUGUAGACUUCGGCACAAUUCAGUUGUCCCUCGGGGAUGAACAGUGUGAAGUGACGCGGAACGGCUAUGAGUCGAAGGAGCUGGUGUACCUGGUCCAUAUCUUCUGCCAGGGUCGAAGUUGGAUUGUGAAGCGCAGCUAUGAAGACUUCCGUGUCCUGGAUAAGCACCUGCACCUCUGCAUCUACGACCGACGCUUCUCACAGCUGCCUGAGCUGCCCCGACUGGAGAGUCUGACUGACCAGUCAGAGUCAGUUUCCCAGAUGUUGUUGGCUUACCUCUCCCGGCUCUCGGCAAUCGCUGACAACAAGAUCAACUGUGGGCCCGCCCUCACAUGGAUGGAGGUUGACAAUAAGGGAAAUCAUCUGCUGGUUCAUGAAGAGUCGUCCAUCAACGUGCCGGCUAUUGCUGCUGCGCACGUCAUCAAGCGCUACAUCGCCCAGGCCUCAGACGAGCUGUCCUUUGAGGUUGGGGACAUUGUGUCAGUGAUUGACAUGCCCCCUAAAGAAGACACCACAUGGUGGAGGGGCAAGCAUGGCUUUCAGGUUGGCUUCUUUCCCAGCGAGUGUGUGGAGCUCAUAAAUGAUAAAGUGCCGCAGUCCAUGACCAACAGUGUGCCAAAACCAGCCUCCCCCUGCUCUGGCCUGCAGCCUGCUUCUUGGAGUCUCUUCCCUCCCUACUUGGAGAUGGAGAGUGUAAUUCAGGACAAUGCAUGGGUGGCCGACCCGCUAAACCACUACAACCUAAGUUCAGUGUCUAAGAAGCACGGGAAGCUGAUCACCUUCUUACGCACCUUCAUGAAGUCCAGGCCUACCAAGCAGAAGCUGAAGCAGAGAGGCAUCCUCCGGGAGAGGGUGUUCGGCUGCGACCUGGGCGAACACCUCCUCAACUCAGGACAUGAUGUGCCCCAGGUCCUCAAGAGCUGCACCGAGUUCCUCGAGAAGCACGGUGUGGUGGAUGGCAUCUACCGCCUUUCUGGAAUUGCCUCAAAUAUCCAGAAAUUACGGCAUGAGUUUGACUCUGAGCAGAUCCCCGACCUGACCAAAGAUGUGUACAUCCAGGACAUCCACUGUGUGGGCUCGCUGUGUAAGCUCUACUUCAGAGAGCUGCCCAACCCCCUGCUCACCUACCAGCUCUACGAGAAAUUCUCUGAUGCUGUAUCAGCAGCAACAGACGAGGAACGACUCAUCAAAAUCCAUGAUGUCAUACAGCAGCUUCCUCCACCGCAUUACAGGACCCUGGAGUUCCUGAUGAGACACCUGUCCCACCUGGCAGCCUACAGCUACAUCACCAACAUGCACAGCAAGAACCUGGCUAUCGUCUGGGCCCCCAACCUUCUGAGGUCAAAGCAGAUUGAAUCUGCGUGCUUCAGCGGCACAGCAGCCUUCAUGGAGGUCCGGAUCCAGUCAGUGGUGGUGGAGUUCAUCCUCAACCACGUGGAUGUUCUAUUCAGCUCCAAACUCAGCUCUCUGAUACGAGAGGGAGCAGGUCACAACUCGUUGUCGCGGCCUAAGUCCCUGCUGGUUUCGUCUCCCUCUACCAAACUCCUGACUCUGGAGGAGGCCCAGGCCAGGACCCAGGCUCAGAUCAACUCUCCGGUCACUGAGGACAGCAAGUACAUCGAGGUGGGCGAGGGUCCGGCUGCUCUGCAGGGGAAGUUCCACACUGUCAUUGAGUUCCCCACUGAGAGGAAGAGGCCUCCUAUUAAAUCAAAGAAGUCUCCUGUAGGUAGUUGGCGCUCUUUCUUCAACCUGGGCAAGUCUUCCUCCAUGUCCAAGCGCAAGCUGCACCGCAACCCCAGUGAGCCCAACGAACUGAAGGCCAUGGCCCUGGCCGGAGGCAGAGGAGACACGGCAACAUUAAGAUCAGCCAAGAGUGAAGAGUCACUGAGUUCCCUGCACAAUGUUGAAGGAGAGUCGAAGGUGUACCGUCCUCGGAGGCCGCGCUCCAGCAGUGACGCUCUGUCAGCCUCCUUUAACGGUGAGCUGCUGGACAGCCGGCAGCACUGCAACUCCUACGACAACCUGGACGCCACAGAGGACAGCGACGGAGACGACGGGCCCAUCUGUGUGCCUGCCCUCAUCUCCCCCCCCCGCUCAGCAGGUGAAGACGUGGACCUCAGCCCGCCAGACAUCGGCAUGGCCUCCUUGGACUUUGACCCCAUGUCUUUCCAGUGCAGUCUCCCCGACACCUCUUACGCCUUCCCUUUAGAUGACUCACCCAAGGGGGCUGAGGGUUCCACGUUAAGGAGGAACCAUGGAAGCGCCUGUGGAAGAACCAAUGGCUCUGACCUCAUCGCUGCCACAUUACUGAGCAGCCUGAUGUCCACAGACUUCAGCCUGGCCGCUGGACAUAAGGUGGAAAGCAACAAACUGACCACUUCCUAUUCUUACACUGACAAACCCACACAGGCCGUGUCACCUAUUAAAUGUGGAAAGACCACUAGUUUAACGCCUUUUCCCACUUACGAGCUUUUCUCUACUGAGGUGCCUGACAGGAAUACGGCUGUACAACCUUCAUCCCCUUCUUCAGCAGAGGAGGAAUCUCCUCCCCUGAUGGGCAGUGUCCUGCUGAGGGCAGCAGAGCCGUCUCUCAGUGAAGCUUUUCAAAAGGAGCUGCACUCUAAGCUGGAAGCCUUUGAGAGUGUGGACAAUGGAGAGCUGAAGGGAGAGGACAGCCUGCUGUGGGCGCCAGCUGCCAGCAGCCACGAGCACCAAGGAGUCGUAGCUCAGGACUCUGCGAAGGACCUCACCCCUCGUUCCUUCAGCUCUGCAGCUCCCUCUACUGCCCCUCCUCCUCCUCCCCCUCCUAAAAACGCUGCCCGCAUGUUGGCCCUGGCCUUGGCAGAGUCUGCCCAGCAGGUCUCCAUUCAGUCUCAGUCCCGACACUCUGAGCCUUCCACACCGGUGUCCCCCCCGCAGCCACAGGAGACCUCUAACCUCCAGGACAUGCCGCAUCCACUGGUCACACAUUACCUGACUUCGUCCUCCGAGGGAACAGGGAGUGGAAGUUCCCUGCCACUAAACAGAACUGCCCCCCGUGUCACCACGGCCUCCUCGUAUGCCCCCACCUCCAGUCCUACAAUCACACAGCAGCCUCUAGAGUUAGACAGCAUCACUACCAAGCCUUCAGACAGCACCAAAUCCCUUACAGCUCCACCUGCAACACAGCCUGGAACAGACUCAACGCCACCGGACACUCCUUUAUACAAGUGCGCCCCCCUCCCCAGUUCAUCCAGCAGCACUUCUCCAAGCAGGAAAAGUCCAGAAAGGCAGCAGCCUGGCCCAGCACAGGUCCCAGUACAGAAUGCAGUACAGGUCCCAGUACAGAUCCCAGCACAGGUUCCAAUACAGGUACAGAAUACAGUACAGGUCACAGCUCAGAUCCCAGUACAGGUCCCAGUACAGGUCCCAGUGCAGGUCCCAGUACAGAUCCCAGUACAGGUCCCAGUACAGGUCCCAGUACAGGUCCCAGUACAGGUCCCAGUACAGAUCCCAGUACAGAUCCCAGUACAGAUCCCAGUACAGAUCCCAGUACAGAUCCCAGUACAGAUCCCAGUACAGAUCCCAGUACAGAUCCCAGUACAGAUCCCAGUCCGUAGCAACUCACCUACUACCACUCCAGCCCCCUCCCCCAGUGACAGCUACAAAGUUACUGGAGUCUUACCACAUCCUGUUCCUAAGGUUAAACCAGAGGAGACUGCAUCACCCCCAAUCCUUUUAAAACCAUCAGAGCAGCCCCCUCCGAUAGCUCAAAAGCCUAAGAGGAAGGCUGUCUCCAUCCCCCCGCAUCAAACACAACCUCAGCAGCAGAGCCAAGCUCAGAUACAGCCUCAUCUUCCAAUACAGCCACACAUGCAAUCACAGGUCCAAACCCAACCACAGCCCCCAUCGAAGGCCAGCGCACGAGUGGCCCCCACCUCUGUGGAGCCUAUUGAGAAGCCUUGGGAGGCCAUAAAGCCAGUGCAGCCCCGUACAGAGUCUGCUAAGUACAACGACGUGUACGGAGCCACACCUCCGGCCCCUCCAGUCCGCACCAUCGAGAGCAAACUGGCCACAGCAGCACUUAGCCAAAGUGAAGCCUCCUACCAUUGCCUGGGGGAGGGCCCUGUGCCGGGGCAUCUGGAAGAAGGUCUGCCUCACCACCCUCCCUCUCCUCGGAAAUCUUCCACGCAUCAGCCGACCUAUCUGUACCACGCUAAAGGAGAACCUGUCUUAAUUGAGCCCACAGCAGCUGCAUACUACCACCAGAGGCCUCUUCCCAAGGGCCCACAGUCCAAACAACGCCACAUGCGGCCAGACAGCGUCCCCCCGCACCUCUCCUACGUGUCCAAGUCGGAGCCUCAGAUACCUUACAACGCCCGACUAGACAACAGAUACAGCACUUUAGGCCCCAGGUCCUACCACCACUCCAUGAAGUCCAGAGGAAACCCCCGCAGUGUGUACAUGUCCCCGGGGCCGGGGCAUCAGGGUUACAGCCACGACAGACCCCAAGGCUAUCCCACCAUCCGCAGAGUGCACUCCCUCCACGUUCCCUCCACUAUUCGCACCGUGCCUAUCCACAGGACUGAAGUUCCUCCAGAUGAUGAUAUUUUCUUCUACCAUCGACCCAUGUAUCCGUGCAAAGCCUACCAGCAGCCCCAGCAGUCCUCCUCUCAAUCAGACUACCACGUAACCCAGCUGCAGCCUUACUUUGAGAAUGGCCGGGUUCAGUACCGCUACAGUCCGUACUCUGGUUCAAGCCCUUUGGAGGCGCCUUUCUAUGACAUCGAUCCUUACGGCACCAUCAGAGUCCGGCACUUGCCCUCCCAUGGGGGCCGAGACCCUGGAGCCGCUGCUGGCCGACCGGGUGGAAAGGCGACUGGGUACCACUUCCUCGCUCGCCAUGUUCUCCCACCUGGGAUGGAGCACAGCUUUGUGAGCAGGGACAUGCCCCCCAGUCAUGGGAACAAGGAAGGUGCCACUUACCUGGCUUGGGACCCGGAGGAGUCAGAGAGGCUCCGCAUGCACUCAAUCCGCAGGGAGAGCAGGGCCAGACAGAAGAUCAGAGGCCCUGUCCUCUCUCAGUACGACAAUGUUGGCUUGUUUGCACCGGCAGAUAUAUCAGGCUAUGAAACGCUGCACCUGCGCAGUAAAUCUGACCCCGGCAAAGCUGUGCUGGUUGCAGCUGAGAGCAAAGAUGGCCGCUACCUCCCGAGACACUUGGUGUCUGACCCGGAAGUCCUCAUGUACAUGGAGACUGAUAAACACUUCCAGGGCAGCGCUGUGGGAGAGAAGUCAGAUGGAUUCCCCAAGCAAAGCGGUACCAAGAAAUGCCAAUCCUCUCACUCCCUUCCGGCGACUCUGAGCCACAGCCUGUCCCCUCAGGAAGGCGGCUGGCACGAGGCCGGAGACGAGCCGCUGGGUGGAGACAGCGGCAGGCCCAAACUCCGGCAGCAGGAGUAUCAAAGCCAGAGGAACAUCCAACCACGUUACGAAUGUCCUGAUUCUGAACACAACCAGAGAAAGGUGAAAACAUCCAGCAGCUACCACGGUACAGAGGAGCAGCUGUCGGCCCCCUGGGAACAACUCAGCCACUCCAACCUGGAGCGGUCACACAGCGUCCGGGAGCAGGGCCACCCUGACCUGGACAGGGACUACUCAUAUCAGAAUCACGGCACUAAACCGGUGCACUCCCACUAUGAUAACUUGGACGAUUACCACCCGGUACCUCAGCCUCAGGCCCCGGUUCAAACCCGCGGGGGCUCCUUUCCCACCCCAGGGUUCACAGUGAGCCACGGCAACACAGCGUACUCCACAGCACUGGGCCAGGGAGCCUUCAUCCAGGCCGAGCUGGCCCUGCAGAGGCAAGAGAUAGAGAUACUUACAGAAUAAAGCAUUUAAGGGGGGGGGGGGGGACAGCUAAAGAAAAAUGAUCUUUAGCUGCGUAGAAGAAAGACUAUUGAGCUAUGGUUGCAGCCUCUGCAGGACAGCGGCCUGUCGUAUCACCAAUAUUUUUGCUCCUCUGUAUUUUUAAAGAAUUGUAAGACUUUUUAAAGAGAGUCCUGAAUGUACCGGAAGCUAAUGUACAAGAGGUCCUAUUGUUGUGAUUGAUUGAGACAGUAGCCGGUCAUAAAUGUAUAUGAUAUGAACGAUGUGAGGUACUUUGAACAGCAACACAAAAAUGUGAAAUAUAUACACAAUAUAUAUAUAUAUAUUAGGAUAACUAGAAAAGAGACUUUUUCUUUAGGUGUGGCGCUGGGUAUGAGCACAGAGUGGGGAUUAAGGGUAUGCAUUUCAGAAAUGCAUGCACUCUAUCUCUUACAGAAAAAUUCUGUGUACUUCACUAUCCCCUGUAUUCUUUGUGUGUUACAGCAGGGGGGGACAUGUAGGUCAUCGUCGUCAUCCCCCCCCCCUGCUGACAUGCACACAAGUCAUUGAACGAGUCCCUGUUUGCCUCGGAGAAUCAGACGUUAAAACAUGUGAUGUGAAGGAGCCACAAUGGGUUACUUUGAGUUAAUACAGAGGUUAUCAAUGUCUUAUUUUCUGUGUGACUGUGCCAUUUUUUAUGUAACUUUGCUAUAAACAGAUUUCAAUGACUUCUAAGGAAUGUUUUGGUACUUGUGUGUUCUUAAUCGAAUGUGGGACCAAACGACUUGGCGCAGUUGUUGCACAUACAGGAUAAAGAGGGGACGUGGAAGAAUGCCUGUUAUACCUUUUUAGAUGUGUGUGAGGUUAUUUGUAUUUCCUCUUUUUCUUUUUUAUCACAUUCACAGUACUUUCAUGAACUGGAAUAACUGAAUAAAGCUGAAAACAAUGUCCUCUAAAACAAUGUGGUGAAGAACAUGUUGCUGUUUGGAAAAGAACACUUGGUGACAAAGACCACUGUUUUUUUUGUUUUUUUUAAUUGAAGAGGGACAGUGCACAUUGAUGAACAUUUAAAACAAAUAAUGCUUUAAAAAUGUAAACAUGCCGGAUUUUUGCUUUGAUCUAGUUUCCAUCCGUAGUCCCUCACAUACAACAUUUAAAAAAGUGGUGUUCACUUUACCAUUGUCAUAAUGCACAAACAUUGUGAUAUCUGGAUAAAGAUCACUUUAAUGAUUGUUGACAGGUCAGGGUUGAAAGGGGACAUAAUGGGUUCAUUCGUUUUGUGUAGGAGGAAGCACCCAUAGAUAUUUGGGGCCAUUUCUUUCUGGUUUCAUGUAUUGAAAUCAAUGUUUAAUACAUUAAUCUGGUACUACGUGACCUUUUGCACCAUCAUUUAUGGAUUACAAUAUGUUGUCCUGAUCCAGGUUGUACUCUGUAACUGUUUGACUUCUAUAUCGCUUGCAGGUUUUGCUCCUCUUGCCUUAUCUAAAGCCUCUCCCUUUCCAGAUGGGGAACUGAAGGAAGGCACUGUGUACUUGAAUGUGAAACGAAACACUCUUGUUUCAAACUAGAGGUAUCUACAGUAAGAUAUGAAAUAAAUAAAACUGUUCAGGAAUAGC